CCCACACACACCCCCUUCCCCUCCCCGCCCCCGGCCGCCGGACCUGGGCUGGCGGCGGCUUCCGGCGGGGCGGGUGUUCGGCGCCAUGGGGUGGCAGCGGCGGUUCCUGGAGGUGGCGGCGGAGGAGCUGGCGGCUACCUGCCCGGGACAGGCCCGGUUCCUGCUGUGGACGCUCCGCAACUCCCGAGAUAAUGAACGUGGAUUAGAAAGAAUAUGUCCUUACUGCUUCCAGUUCCUGGUUCCUGAUAGCUACCGGGUACGUCUCAAACCAAAGAUGAAAAUGACUCCACAGAUCGAGAAAGUUCUUAAACGAGAGGCGAAGAACCACAAACUUAAUAUGAAACAGACAAAGCUUUUGAAAAAGUACAGGGAGUCAAGAAGCGUUCUGCUGGUUACUUGCAACUCGUGCAACAAAACAAGAAGACAUUAUGGUAAAAGCAGGGAUUUUCUAACUACCAAGACGCACAAUUCUGGCACUCCGAGUAUUAAAUCUAGCCUGAGGACACCAGAUGUAAAAAUUCAGUCUGCAAACAAAGUGACACCUGUAAGCUGCAGUAAUUUGGGAUCUAAAGGGAACAGUCCCUCAUCACUUCCCAGAAGACGUGUAUCCGGACAGGCGACAACCAGCUCUGCUUCCAAGACUCCCCGAAACUCCAAAUUUCACUUUUCUAAGCUAAAACGGAUGCUUAACCUAGAAGAAAAAGAGAAAAGCCAGAAGGCAGAUUUGAAAACCUUCUUGACUUUACUUUAGUUACUCUUUGUUUCAAAGUAAUAAAGAUUACAGCAAUAAGUAUUGUCCCUGUUUUAGUAAAUCAACAAAGUGAUUUCUUUAAAACUCAAGCUAACAGCGUGUACCCUGUGUAAGCGUAGAUUGUAUUUUUUAGAAGCAAGCUCUGUUUCUAAGGGGACUGAGUGUCCGCAAGAGGGAGAUGAGAAAAUGGCCAGUCUGAUUUGAUUGGGAAUCUUGAACAUGUUUUGCAGUCUCUAAUGGCCUAAGAAUUAAAAGCCAGGAUCUGUCCUUUGAGGAAGCUGACAAUACUGGAUCCAUCAGUGGGUCCAGCAGGACCAAGGGAUAGGUUGGCAAACCUGAAAGCAAUUUGGCUUUCUUCCACCUCACUCUACCACUAUUUUUAAGAUAAUGCAUCACGAUAGAAUUUAAAAGAUUUCAUCCCUGCUUUGCACGUUUGAGUAAACCAAAGAGAGUUUCACCAGCACCUUCUGCAGGCAUGAUUUUUUCAAGGAUUUAAUGUAGUGUCCUGUAGUGUCGCUGUCUUUUGGUACUUGUGGUAAUUUAAGUACAGCCUUUAACGCAGCCUUUACGAAGGUUUCAGAAGAACUUACUCUUUGAGACUGCACUCGUAUACAAAGAGAGAUAAAGCAUUUUAUCCCCAGAUUAAGUUUCUUCCUUGUCUUAAGAAUGUUGUCUGUGAUUUGGACUGCAGACGAUACUGGUCCCAGGAUAACGCCGAACCUUGUAACACUGCACGCUAAUGCGGGAUGCUCUCAAUACUGACAGCGAGCUCCCCGCUGUGAGAUUUGUCAGCACCCUGAGUUGUUACCACUAUGAGAGUGGCACAGCCGUAAAGAAUACCAGAUGCUGCCUUUCCGAUUGCUCUGGUGCUACCAAAAUGGGUCACUUCUGUCUCAUUCAGAAAUGACUAAAGAGAGAAUCAAUCUUUCUUAAAUGUCUUUUCGGUUUUUUCAGGUUUCAGAGUUGCUUCCUUCCUGGACUUCAGUCUGGAAAACUAGGCUUGCCCUGGACAGCAGUCAACUCGUUGCACCAAAGUGUUUUGAUGUGAAUGGACGAUUGCCAAGGUUAAAGCAGUCUCCGCUGUCAGAUUUCGCAUUUUCAGUUCAGCACAGAGAUGAGAAAGGACAACAGAAAGUCACAGUUCAGGACUGAGUGCGUAGCCUGCCCUGUGUAUAGUUUGCAAAUUGUGCUUCAGAUUUCCCCUUGGAGAGUCAGUUAAAAACAUUUAAAUUCUUGGGUUUAAAGGCCUGUAUUUUCCUUUUUUAUGUAUUCUAACGAGUAACUUCUCUAGGUGUAUUCAGAGUGAAUGAACACCGCUUAAGAAACAGGACCAGUGAGUAAGCUGGCAGACUUGAAAGCAAUCCAGGGCAGGGGAGAAUAGCUUGUUGCAAAUUCUACUUACGGUCUCAAAGAUUGGCAUGUAUCCUUUUUAUAUCUCCUGUACACUUGUACAAGAACUUUGGAAGGUUCGCUGCUGUUUGUUUCUUACGUAGGUGAAGGAUCAAAUUAACUGUCAUUCUUUGAUGAAAAUAUGGAACUUGGAGUUGGGCCUUUUCCGUUGUAGAACUUGGCAUUAAUUCACCUGCUGUAUUUAGGGUCCCAGCCCCUGGAAAAAUACUUCAAUCUUGUUGAUGGAAAAUGUGUAUUAUACAAAAGUAUUUGAAAAACAA